CACAUCAGCAUAGAUGUGGCGUUGCUGUUCGUUUUAUCAAUAAAUGCCAGUGUAAUCAAGUGUAAUGCGUCAAAUAUUUAUUGUCUUUAAUACAAACACACUAUCUUUCACUUUGGUUACCACUUUAAUCCUGUUAUCUUUUCCUCAUUUUAACCUCUAAGCGCGUGUAGAUAUCAUCGGCUCCUAGCGCAGAAAACCCUUGUGCACUAAGCAUGAUCUUAAAGGUUAUGUUACAACGUGAUUGUCACUGAAUAAAUCCUAUUGUUAUGCUAACGACACAGUGUUUACUUGAAAAAUAUAUCCUAGCUGUAUAAGUACAUAUAUAUGUUUGUAACAAACGCACUGUUAGACGCAAAAUGGAAAUGGAUCAAAAUGUAGCGCAAGCCCUACUGACACAAGGUGCCACGCUGGUCCUCCUGGAUGUACCAGCGAGCACUGACAUCGGCAUCGACAUUAAGUCCUGGACCGUAGGGCAUAAUUUUAAGGGGAUCAAGAUGAUCCCAUCUGGAAUCCACUUUGUACAUUACUGUGCAGUAAAUGAAUUUGGCGAGUUAGCACCCAGAGUUGGUUUCUUUCAUGACUUCCAGAAAAGUGAAUUUUUAGUAAAAAGAUGGGAUAGCAAGGCAGAAGAUAUCAGCUCUGAAUCUGUACCUGAGGAGACAGUUCAGAGGCUAAGAGACAACAUAAGAGAGCUGGAUAGAUACUUGGGACCAUAUCCAUAUGAGAUGUUAAAGUCAUGGACAAAAUUAACGAGUGGGAUCACCACGUCUCUCGUGACGAGAUGCUCACCAUUAUGCGGUUAUAUGCGAUCUGCCUUGGAAUUGGAGCACUGUAGUGACGCUUCGAGACCACGUGGCAAAGAAUCUAAUAGCAAACAAAGGAGAUCCGGUAGGCUUACGAUAGAAGAGAAAGAGGAGCAAUUGCUACCGAAUCUGAAACCAAAACCUGGUACGGAGCUUAGGCUCACGGAAAUACCAGAUAAACAUUAUCCCGAUGAUGCUACUCCAAGUGAAAUAACACAGCAUUCUCUUGAUACUAGUUACGUCUUGGACACUACGCUGAAAAAAUUGCGAGAGCCUGUCGAGAUUAUCGGGGAGAUGCAGCUGACGUUUGUCUGUUUCCUAGCUGGUCAGAGUUUAGAUGCUUUCGAGCAAUGGAAGAAACUCGUGUCGCUAAUUUGCGGUGCGGACAACGCGAUUCCACAGUAUCGCUCUAUCUAUAUGGAGUUUCUGCAAGCCUUGGAAGUAGAAUUAUUGUAUGUGCCGGAAGACGUACUCUGCGACAUCGUGGCAAACAAUAAUUUCGUGUAUCGUAAUUUGUGCAAACUAUUCGGUAAUAUUCAGUCGAAUUCCGAGGUGGAUGGCCGAUUGAAAUCGUAUGUAAAGCGUUUGCAGGAUCGAUUGACCGCAAAGUUUUUGUGGGACUUUUCGAAUUUACUUGAAGAGGCGGAUGAUGAGGCGCCUGUUAUUGUGACUGUGGCAUAAACGCAAAUAAAUAAAUCACGAGGUACACAUUAUAAAUAAUAAAUAUGCAUAAUAAGCGUUGUCUUUAUAUUUAAUGUAAUUAUAUAAAUAUAAUUGUAUAUAAUAUAAGUAAAUUAUAUCUUCUAGCAUUUCUAUCUAUAGUCCUUACAAUACGUGUCAAUAUUAUGUAUUUAGUAUUCAAAUUUAUUUAAUCUAUUUUCCAUACUUUUCUUCCUCUUUUGUGUUAAUUUUAUGAUUUUAAUUUUAAUUAUUUUUUUUUUAAUUUGAGCAUUUCUUCAGUAUCCAUUUCUAAGUACAGUAAAAAAUAUUAAAUAUUAACGUUAAAAGUGAACUUCGAAAAAUUUCCAAUAUUAUAAAAUAAUUGCACUAAUUGUGUACUAUUGUAGAAAUCGCAUUAAUCAAAUAAUGAGUUUUUCAAAUAAAAAAAAAAA